UCGUGGCUCACACUCUUGCCUCAGACCCGCCUCUCGCACUUCUCGCCGGAGAACAAUUUCCCGGCGGCCCAACUCUCUCUCUCUCUCUACAAAUAAUCCUUCGUUUCUCGUUCUGAUCUCGGAAUUUCGGGCCUCCGAUCGUUCGGCAGAUCAUCGCCCUGAGAUCGGACCGAAAGGAAAAGAAAGCAAAGAACAGAGAAAGCUCGAAGAAACGAAGCCGGACGGGAGCGCUCGAGAGAGAGGGAGAGCCGAAAUCGGAAUGGGGUCGGAGCUGAUUUACAGGGGGCACGACGCGCAGCCGAUGCCGGACACGUACUCGCCGAAGCCCGACAAGCCGUGGCUCCCGGUGGCCCGCGCGAUGCGGUACCUGCUCCGGGAGCAGCGCCUCGUCUUCGUCCUCGUCGGCAUUGCCAUCGCCACUCUCCUCUUCACCGUCUUCCCCGGCAGCCCCUCAACCCACUCUGGAUACGGAUCCGGGCAAUACGAACCGAUCCCGGGCGCCCACAUGGCCCACUACAACAGCUUCAACCGGUUCGAGAGCGAGCACGCGCUGUACCAGCAACGCGCUGGGUUCGGGUCGGUGAGCGGGAAGGUGCCUCUUGGUUUGAAGCGCAAGGGGCUGCGGAUCGUGGUGACGGGCGGGGCCGGGUUCGUCGGGUCGCACCUGGUGGACCGGCUUAUCACGAGGGGCGACAGCGUGAUCGUCGUGGACAACUUCUUCACGGGGCGUAAGGAGAACGUGAUGCACCAUUUCGGGAACCCCCGGUUCGAGCUGAUCCGGCACGACGUCGUCGAGCCGCUCCUCCUGGAGGUCGACCAGAUCUACCACCUGGCCUGCCCGGCGUCGCCGGUCCACUACAAGUUCAAUCCAGUCAAGACUAUCAAGACGAACGUGGUGGGGACGUUGAACAUGCUCGGGUUGGCGAAGCGGGUCGGGGCGCGAUUCCUGCUGACGAGCACCAGCGAGGUGUACGGAGAUCCGCUGCAACACCCUCAGGUCGAGACUUACUGGGGCAAUGUCAAUCCCAUCGGUGUCCGAAGCUGCUACGACGAGGGAAAGCGUACUGCCGAGACGUUGACCAUGGACUACCACCGAGGAGCCGGCGUCGAGGUGAGGAUUGCCAGGAUCUUCAACACGUACGGCCCUCGCAUGUGCAUCGAUGACGGUCGUGUCGUCAGCAACUUUGUUGCGCAGGCAUUGAGGAAGGAACCGAUGACCGUCUAUGGGGAUGGGAAGCAGACAAGGAGCUUCCAAUACGUUUCUGACUUGGUCGAGGGUCUGAUGCGUCUGAUGGAAGGCGAGCAUGUAGGACCUUUCAAUCUUGGAAAUCCUGGUGAAUUCACCAUGCUUGAGCUUGCCGAGGUGGUGAAGGAGACAAUCGAUCCAAACGCUAAGAUUGAGUUCAAGCCAAACACAGAAGAUGACCCGCACAAGAGGAAGCCCGACAUCACAAGGGCCAAGGAGUUGCUUGGUUGGGAGCCAAAGGUCCCGCUCCGCAAGGGUCUGCCUCUUAUGGUAUCAGACUUCAGACAGCGCAUCUUCGGAGACCACAAGGAAGGGGUCGCAUCAGGCAGUUCGUCUUCUUAGGUUGGGAGCACAUUAUACAGUGAAAUGAGAUGGUGGGGGAAGGAUCGAGAGAAAUUGCGUCGGAUGACACGCUAGAACUUCCCCUGGACCUAGAAAUCAUAAAUACCAGCACAGAUGGUAGCGAAGCAUGUUUCACUCUUUUACAUUCUCUGUGGAACUAGCGUUUUAGAGGCAUAAUCUCGAUUCAAUAUGUUUACCAUCUUUGUAAUUUUCACGCUAUUAUCAUCUGGUGGACUUAUAGAGAUGGAAGUUUCCCAGAUUUUUUUGCCCUUUUUGGCCCGUUUCUUGCGCAUAUGAGGAACACCAUAAUACAGCUAGUUCUGUAUUUCUCUUCAGCUUCAGCAA